UCCAUGUAAUAACCAAAUGUUUCGGGUUCCGACCCAUACCCGAAAAGUAAUGAUAAUCUUCAGGUCCAGCUGAAAUGAAGCUGACUUUGAAGUCAGAGACUAACACACACACAGAGAGAGAGAGAGAGAGAGAGAAUGAGGUAUUUAGGUGGGGGAAGGAGGAGGCGAGUGGCACUGCAAGCAUUUCUUGGUUUGUGUGUAUUGGUGAGUGGUUUGGGGCUGUUGAUGCUUUCGCUGAAACCCUUGGAUCCUCCGAUUACUGUUUCUUUCCCAAGAGAUUCCGAGUUCGACGAUUCCAACAAGAGUUCGAGUUUCGAAGGCGUGGUGGCGUCUCGGCUUGUGACCAACAUUGAGGAGAAGCCGUGCGUGACGGUGGAGGAGAUGGGGAAGGAGUUCAAAAGAGGUGUUGGGAAGGAAACCCUGAGAGUGAGAAGGGUUAUUGAGAAUCAUUUUGUUGUUAACGGUGCUUCAAGAGUCAGGGAUCUGCCCCCAGAGCAGUUUUGUAGUCAUGGCUUUGUUUUGGGAAAGACAUCCGAGGCAGGUUUUGGGAAUGAAAUGUACAAGGUCUUAACUGCUGCAGCACUUAGUGUAAUGUUAAACCGGUCCUUGAUCAUUGGCCAAACCAGAGGGAAAUAUCCUUUUGGGGACUACAUUUCUUAUGCCAACUUUACCUUCACAAUGAAAGAAAUCAAGCAUCUGUGGAGACACAAUGGUUGUGAAAGCAAAUAUGGGAGGCAACUGGUUAUGAGGACUGAUGAUUUUGAGAAACCAGUUGAAACAAAUGUUCUCUGCGGCAAUUGGAAGAAAUGGAAGCAGCCUAUCAUAUGGUUUCAAGGAACUACUGAUUCUGUGGCAGCACAAUUUUUCUUAAAGAAUAUACACUCUCAGAUGAGGACUGCUGCUCUUGAUUUAUUUGGUGACCCACAAGUUCUAGGAUUACGGCUGAAUGUAUUUGGGGAGCUCAUGAGGGUUCUCAUAUCCCCUUCAGAAGAUGUUGAGGCAGCUGUCAAUUGGGUUAUUGGUGGUGGGGAGAAUCCUGACAUUUCGUUGCAUAUGCGGAUGCUUAUGAAUAGGUCUGUAAGAGCGGUACAGGCAGCAUUGCAUUGCAUAAAAAAAGCCAUACGGAGUCAACAUCUAAUGUCAACGAGACCAAAGGUGGUCAUCGUGUCAGAUACACCUACUCUUGUUAAAAGUAUCAAGUCUAACAUAAGUGAAUUUGCAGAGGUUCUUCAUUUUGAUUAUGAAAAAUUCAGAGGAAGUAUAUUUAAAGGUUUGCCCAAUUCAGAUUUUAGAAAGAAGGAUUGGGGUGCAGCUCCCAGAUGGGUAUCUUUUGUAGACUUUUUUCUUGCAUCUCGUGCAAGAUACGCUGCAGUUUCUGGAGCUCAUCGGCGUGUUGGGACUACCUAUGCUCAAUUAAUUGCUGCACUAGCCGCAGCAUACAAUCUGGGGGACAACUCGUCUGGUUCUAGGUUUUUAUUCUUUAGCAGUUUCCAGAGUAAUUUGCUGACUGGUGGCCUUAAGAAUCAGAUUGGUUGGGGCCAUGUGUGGAACAGAUAUGCUGGUCCAUUGAGUUGUCGUAACCAGGCCAAUCAAUGUGCCUUAACACCAAUUCUCCCUUCUGCUUGGUGGGAUAGCCUUUGGCAGUCUCCCAUUCCAAGGGAUAUUAAUCGUCUUGCUUCCUAUGGUAUCCGAUUAUCUGGUCUUGGCACAGUUGAUAGCGAUUCCCUUCAAAGUUACUGCAAGAAAAGGAAAAAUGUUGUAAGAACCAUUACCUUCAAAUUGUAGUGUUUGGAAGUUACAUUUCCUUAUAUUCUUUGUUGGAUAACCAUAAUAAUUAGUAUUAGAAUAUUUAUCUCAUUUUUUCUGCAUUCAA